CUCUCUCUCAUUUGCCCAUCUUCCUCGCGCACUUUUUCUCUUCUCUGUUCUCAGUGGUUGCUUGAAGCGAGCUCUCCACUUCUCUACCCCUCUCUCUCUUCCGAAAACUCAAAAGUUUCCGAUCAAAAUGCGUGAGAUUCUUCACAUCCAGGGAGGCCAAUGCGGUAACCAGAUCGGGGCCAAGUUCUGGGAGGUGGUUUGCGCCGAGCACGGGAUUGAUUCCACAGGCAGGUACCAGGGGGACAACGAUCUACAACUUGAACGAGUCAAUGUUUACUAUAACGAGGCGAGUUGCGGAAGGUAUGUUCCACGCGCCGUCCUCAUGGAUCUGGAACCAGGCACCAUGGACAGUGUCAGAUCCGGGCCCUACGGGCAGAUAUUCCGUCCUGAUAACUUUGUUUUCGGCCAGUCUGGUGCGGGAAACAACUGGGCUAAGGGACACUAUACGGAGGGAGCUGAGUUAAUUGACUCGGUUCUUGACGUUGUGAGGAAGGAAGCCGAGAACUGUGACUGUUUGCAAGGUUUUCAGGUUUGCCACUCAUUGGGAGGUGGUACUGGGUCUGGCAUGGGAACCCUACUAAUUUCCAAGAUCAGAGAAGAGUAUCCAGAUAGAAUGAUGCUCACCUUCUCUGUGUUCCCGUCCCCGAAGGUGUCUGACACUGUUGUUGAACCAUACAAUGCGACCCUUUCCGUCCACCAACUUGUUGAGAAUGCAGAUGAGUGUAUGGUUUUGGAUAAUGAGGCCUUGUAUGACAUUUGCUUCCGAACACUUAAGCUUACUACUCCCAGCUUUGGCGACCUCAACCACCUUAUUUCUGCCACCAUGAGUGGAGUGACAUGCUGCCUUCGAUUUCCUGGUCAACUCAACUCCGACCUUCGCAAGCUUGCUGUUAAUCUUAUCCCAUUCCCUCGGUUGCAUUUCUUUAUGGUUGGAUUUGCUCCACUCACAUCUCGUGGGUCACAGCAGUAUAGAGCCCUUACUGUACCUGAAUUAACUCAGCAAAUGUGGGAUGCCAAGAACAUGAUGUGUGCUGCUGAUCCUCGUCAUGGCCGAUAUUUGACUGCUUCAGCCAUGUUCCGUGGAAAAAUGAGCACUAAAGAAGUUGAUGAACAGAUGAUUAAUGUUCAGAAUAAGAAUUCAUCUUACUUUGUUGAGUGGAUCCCCAACAAUGUGAAAUCAACAGUUUGUGACAUCCCCCCAACUGGUUUAAAGAUGGCCUCAACAUUCAUCGGGAACUCAACAUCAAUUCAGGAAAUGUUCCGUAGGGUUAGUGAACAGUUCACAGCCAUGUUCCGCAGGAAGGCUUUCUUGCAUUGGUACACAGGAGAGGGUAUGGAUGAGAUGGAGUUUACCGAGGCAGAGAGUAACAUGAAUGAUCUGGUAUCUGAGUACCAACAAUACCAAGAUGCAACAGCAGAUGAGGAAGGUUAUGACUACGAGGACGAAGAGGAGGUUCAAGAGGAAGUUUAAGUGCUAUAUUGUUAGUGUCAGGCUUUGUGUUUUGCUGCAAUUGUGUUGUUGAUUUUAAUGUUUUGUUUUUGUACCUGAAUAUCUUAUUUGGGAGUUUGGAUUGUGAUGAUAUGGGACCUUUGAUAUUGUAGUGUAGGCAAACAUGGUUUACCCUCAUUCUUACUGUCAGUAAAUGGUUGACUAUAGUUAAUAUGCGCA